UCUUCAUCACAUAUUCAAAAAUACUGGAAAGCAUCUUCAGCUCUUGCGUCAUUUCAUCACCACGUCCAAUCACAGUCAGGUUCACACGCAGGAGGAAGGGCUUAUUUGCGUUCAUGACUUUUAUACCUUUAUUUUAUUGCAACAAACAUCUGCACGUGUUUGUGUCACAUGUAGAGAUGUUUUUUUCGGAUGUUUUUUGGGAUGUAACACGGUGACUUUUGAAAAGUCACCGGCACAUCAAACUCUCCAUUGCACUUGAGGCUUUUCCCCACUGAGCGGCGUCAUUUUCACACAAGAUGCGUGCUGAUGUCAUCUCCUCCACCAGAGGGCGUCGUUUGACAUCGACGUCGACGUAAUCAAUCAUCAGCUGUCAUGACUUGUUCAUCUUUUCUAACUAUGAAUCGAUGAUGAUUGUUUUUAUUGAUUUGGAAAUGGAAUUCAAUCAGACAAACAUGAGCUGACUGCCUGGAAACAAAGCAUCAUCGUUAUCUUCAUCAUGACCUCCUACUCUAAAUAUGCAUGGAUGGAUGGAUUGAUUGAUAUCGAUAGAUUGAGAUGCAGGCAGGUAGGUGGCUGUUGAUUACUCUCACCUGGUGUCUGAUGGCCUCCUCCCCCGCCUGCAACCCCUCCCCCUGGCCUCUCAGAUGAGUUAGGAUAGGCUGUUGCUCCCUCAAAAGCCUUCCUCCUCCUGCUCCUCCUCUUCCUCUCCUGUACUGCGAGACUGAGGUGUUGGGAUCUUCCUGAAGGUUCACCAUGGGGGCUCUGCAGUGUGUCAAGUACCUGCUGUUUGUCUUCAACUUCCUCUUUUGGUUGGCCGGUACCGGCGUCCUGGCUGUGGCUCUUUGGCUGCGAUUCGACUCCAGAACCUCAGGACUCUUUGAGGGCGAGGACUCUCCUUCGGUAUUCUUCACUGGCGUGUACAUCCUGAUUGCGGCGGGCGCUCUGAUGAUGGUGGUGGGCUUCCUGGGAUGCUGCGGCGCCAUCAAGGAGUCCCCAUGCAUGCUGGCAUUGUUCUUCCUCUUCCUGCUUCUCAUCUUCGCCGUGGAGGUGGCCGCCGGCAUCUGGGGUCUGUCCAACAAGGAGCGCGUGGUGAACGAUGUGACUGAGUUCUACAAGCAGACAUACGCCAACUACAAGGACACCAGGCAGGAGGCGCUCAAGGAGACCUUACGCCUCAUCCACUUUGGACUCAACUGUUGCGGACCCACGGGCUCUGUCAUUGACGCCGCCAAGGACAUCUGCCCCAGGAAGGAGGGCCUGGACGUCCUGGUCACCGUGAGCUGCCCGGCUGCCAUCAGCGGGAUGUUCAACAACAAGCUGCACAUCAUCGGCGGAGUGGGCAUCGGCAUCGGCGUCAUCAUGAUCUUUGGGAUGAUCUUCAGCAUGAUGCUCUGCUGUGCCAUCAAGAGGUCCAGAGACUUCGUCUAAACCGCCAAACUCACGCCUUGACAUUCUUUUAACUUGGCCACGCUUGGGUGCACGCGGGAUGGCCGUCUGGGACGUGUGAGCGUGUGGCGCCCGAGCUUUUCAACUUUGACCUUUUUUCAUGUUGUGCUCUGGUGGGAGCGCCGAAGGAGUUUUAGUUUGAGUGCUAACAUUUUACGUAGCUAACCUUUCUUUACUUUCUUUUACAUGUUUGUAAAACACCAAAUAAAUCUAUCAAGAGUGA